AUGACGCCAUCUAUUGGCGUUGCUGAGUAUUACAAAAACAAAACUAUAUUUAUAACCGGAGGAACUGGGUUUUUGGGAAAAGUUCUGGUGGAGAAAUUGUUACGAUGUUGUCCAGAUUUAAAGAGAAUGUAUUUAUUAAUGCGACCAAAGAAAGGCCAGAAUGUUAACGAGAGACUUGAAGAUUACUUCAGCUGUAGGGUGUUCGAGGUUCUUCAUGAAAAAUCACCAAAGUCUUUCAACAAAGUUACUGUAAUUCGUGGAGAUAUUCUCCAGGAUAAUUUGGGGAUCUCUAUUGAAGACUGGGACAAAUUAACGAGAGAAACUGAGAUUGUGUACCAUUGUGCUGCUUGCGUUAGAUUUGAUUUGCCUAUCCGUGAUGCUGUAAACAUGAACACUAUGGGCACUGAUAGGAUUCUGAAACUAGCUGAUGAUAUGCAGAAACUUGAGGUUUUCGUCCAUGUUUCUACAUCGUACUGUCGAUGUGAAGUACAUAAUUUGGAAGAGCGUCUGUACCCAGCUAAGCACAGACCACAAGACAUCAUGAACUGCGUCCAAUGGAUGGAUGACGAGCUUUUGAAAAUCUUAGAACCAAAGUUAAUUGACCCACAACCAAACACGUACGCUUAUACCAAAUCAUUAACUGAAGAGCUAGUAGCUCAAAAAGCGGGGAAGUACCCCAUAGUGAUAGCAAGGCCAUCUAUUGUGACGGCUGCUGAAAAGGAACCCUUACCAGGUUGGGUGGACAAUCUGAACGGACCCACGGGACUUUUAGUGGGUUCUGGAAAAGGCGUUAUACGUAGCAUGUAUUGCCACUCCAACUACCAAGCGGAUGUCGUUCCCGUUGAUUAUGUUGUAAAUGCUUGCGUGCUCUUGGGAUAUCUCACAGCAAUCGAGAAACCAAAAGAGAUCAGGGUUUGUAACAUCACGUUAUCCGGUCAAAAUCCUGUAACAUGGGAAGACGCGGUUAAUCUGGGUCGUGUCCACGUCCAUGAGUUUCCUUCCUCCAUCUUACUGUGGUAUCCAGAGGGAUCACUGAAAAGUUCCAAACUACACCAUAUGAUAGCAGCAUUCUUCGUUCACCUCCUGCCAGCGUUACUAGUCGAUCUCCUCAUGUUAAUUAUGGGAAAGCCGACAUUCAUGGUGAAAGUACAAAAACGAGUGAGCUACGGCCUGAAUGUGCUUGAGUACUACACGACAAACGAGUGGUUCUUCGAAAACGACUAUUACAAAUCACUGAAAGAAAGGAUAUCGAAAUCCGAUAACGAAGUCUUUUACACGGAUUUGUCGAUAAUUAAUUGGAGUGAAUACAUGCGGACAUACAUGAAGGGCGCCAGAGAAUACUGUCUUAAAGAGGACCCCAGUACUUUACCUCAAGCGAGAAAACUUAUUAAUCGCAACAUGGCGCAUUCAGUGACGGAAUUUUAUGAGGGAAAGUGCAUAUUCGUGACUGGUUCGACCGGUUUCGUAGGAAAGGUUUUGGUUGAAAAGAUACUACGUUCUCUACCAGGUGUAAAGACUGUAUAUCUUUUGAUGAGACCUAAGAAAGGAAUUUCUGCUGAUGAUAGACUUAAAGAUCUCUGGAAUAGCAGAAUAUUUGAAAAUCUAAGAACCAACAACCCAGAUGCUUUCAAUAAACUAGAACUCAUAGCUGGUGAUCUUUUGCGAGAGGAUUUGGGGAUUUCUAAUGAUAAUCGGAGAGAGUUACAAGAAAAUUGCAAUAUCGUUUUCCAUAGCGGGGCGUGUGUAAGAUUUGACCAGAAACUCAAGGAUGCUGUUGAAACGAACACAACAGCCACUCUUCGUCUCCUAAAACUAGCGGAAACUAUGAAAAAAUUAGAGGCGUUCCUUCACCUGUCAACUGCAUAUUGUCGCUGUGAGCUCGAAGUUCUGGAUGAAAAGCUGUACCCAGCAGCCCACGAGCCUAGAAAGAUUAUAGAAUUAACGCAGUGGUUGGAUGACCAAACAUUGGAUUACCUGGAACCCCGAUUAAUUUCUUCAGAACCGAAUACAUACUCUUACACGAAAGCCAUAACAGAGGAUCUUGUUGCCGAAUUCAGUUCGAAGUUCCCAAUUGCGAUUGGUCGGCCAUCUAUCGUUACUGCAAGCUGGAAAGAGCCAAUGCCUGGUUGGGUCGACAAUAUCAAUGGUCCUACCGGUUUACUCAUGGGCAGUGGGAAAGGUGUUAUCCGUACCAUGCUCUGUGAAGGAUCUUAUUUGGCUGAUGCAAUACCAGUCGAUAUCGUUGCCAACGGAUGCAUACUCAUUGCUCAUAACAUCGCGCUUGACAGGCCAAAAGAAAUCCGCAUUUUCAAUUUAACACUAUCAGGAGUACAUAAAAUAACUUGGCGCGAAGUUAUUGAAUUGGGUGAGAAGUAUGUCAAUACUUACCCUCAUUUGACGGCGUUGUGGUACCCGGGGGGUAAUAUUAGGUCUUACUGGAUUACACACCAAAUUGCCCUAAUAUUCACACAUAUAUUACCAGCAUACUUCAUAGAUUUCCUUCUAUUGCUGUUCAGAAAGAAGCCUUUCCUGGUAAAAAUUCAAAAACGCAUCACCCACGGCUUAAGCAUUCUUCAAUAUUAUGCCAUGAAAGAAUGGCAUUUCAAGAACAGUAACUUCCUAGCUCUACAGAGGUCCAUAAGUCAGAAGGAAAAUGAUAUAUUUUAUACAGAUGUAUCAAAAAUUGACACAGCAGAUUACUUAAAGGAUUACGUGCUUGGUGUAAGACACUUUGUCUGUAAGGAAGAUCCUUCAACAUUGCCAAGGGCUAUAAAAAUACAUAGAAUGUAA